AAAGUCUCCAGUCACGGGCUAGAUUUUUUAAAGCCUGAAAACAGAGCCAUGAGGAGUUCACACCCUAAUUAAGUCUCAUCAGUCAGAGUCCUCUCCUUCUGGACUGAACCGAAACAAAAAUUAUUUUUGAUCAGGGGAAGAAACUGCAGUACCUGAAUGUAGUUAAACUACAUUUUGUCAGACUGUCUCACCUUGGUCCGUUGAGUGCUGCUGUCCGGACAGUGACACAAGUUGUGAACAAUCUCCUCUGCAAAAGUCAAAGGAAAAAAAUUAACAGGGGGGAGAUUCAAGAGGAAAGAUGAACAACUUCAGAAAACGAUACCCAGAAGAGGUGAAAGCACCAGUGAUUAAGAAGCAAAGAGUCACUCAGCCACAUUUUGGUCUGCAUAAUCAGGGAGCCACGUGUUACCUCAACAGUGUCCUGCAAGUUCUCUUCAUGACACCAGAGAUCCAUGACAGGUUGGAUCCAGAAUCACAGAUCACAGAUAAAAGGCUGAGAAAGGUCUUUAAAGAUUUGAAAGAAACAACAUGUGGAACAGAAGACAUCACAAAGAGUUUGGAGAUUGAGAACGUUCAUCAACAACGUGAUGCUGCUGAAUGUCUGGAGUUGAUUUUACAUAAAGUCAGCCCACAGGCCUCUGAGGUUUUCCAAGGACAGCUGACAUACAUAAUAAAAUGCUCCAAAGGCCACAGCAUCAAUGAAGAGACGAAUCCAUUCUGGACUCUUCCACUGUCACUAAAAGAUACCCAUGAUACAGCCUACAGCGUGGAAAGAGGCUUUGAAAGGAUUUUCCAGCCUAAAUCAUUCAGUGGAGACAACAUGGUGUACUGCAACGAAUGUAAAAAGAAAACAGAGGCGACCAGUCGAUGUGAGAUGGUGGAAUUUCCUCAGAGUUUGACUCUACUCCUCAAGAGAUUUGACUUUGACUACAACACCAUGUCACAUGUCAAAUCAGACCGCUGUGUGGAUGUGCCGCGUACAUUACAGAGAAAGAACAACAAGUACAAACUGUAUGGGAUGGUGAAUCACAUGGGCAGUCUACGAGGUGGACACUACACAGCCACCAUCCUGUUCAAUGAGGACAAAACCUGGUAUGAGUUUAAUGACGCUCACGUCAACAAGGUUGAAGAGCAACCAUUUGCAAAAACCGGGACUUACAAAUCCAGCAGUGCAUAUCUGCUCGUGUACAGAGCCUCAGGGAAAGAACGACAGGAUGUGGAUGCUGGAGAUAAAGAAAACAGGCAGCUGGAACAGAAUCAAGAGAGUGGAGGACAGAUGAGAAAAGACAUGAAGAAAGAGGAGGGUGAUGCCAAACAUGAGAAGACGUUUUCAAGCUUCAAAGAUGAGACAAUCAAUCAAAAACAAAACACAAGCUACCCGAGUAAACAACUACUGGACAGUCGGACAACGGCAGAAAAGAGGAAGCAAAGUAGCAAGAAAGAGGACGGUGAGGCGACAAAGGAUGAGAAUUGUCUGCAAACCUGCAAGAGUCCAACGGACAUCAAGAAGCAUCCUCUUUUGAUUGUUCUCAUCGUUGUUGUUUGUGCGUUAGUUGUGAUACUUCCUGUAAUACUAACAUCUCUGAACAAGUCUUGAGUUCAGAAAUGCAACCGAGCAACUUGCUAACAAGGUGAAAAUGAAAAGGGGAUAAUUACACUUUCA